AUGGCUACACUCCUGAAGACCACAGACACACAAAGCGCGAUCGAGGAGCUCGGCGCGCUCCUCGGCGACCGGCUCUCGACAUCGCCCGCGGUGUGCGAGCAUCACGCGACCGGCGAGACCUACCAUGCGCCGCGCCCGCCAGACGCGGUGGUCUUCCCCGAAACGACGGAGGAAGUCGCCGAGAUCGUCCGUAUCUGCGCCGCGCAUGGCGUGCCCAUGAUUCCCUAUGGGGUGGGCACCUCGGUCGAGGGCAAUGUCUGCGCACUGGAGGGCGGUGUCACCCUCGACAUGGGGCGGAUGAACCAGGUCCUCCGGGUGAGCCAGGAGGACCUCGACGUCACCGUCCAGGCCGGAGUCACGCGCAAGCAGCUCAACACCCAUCUGCGCGAUACCGGGCUGUUCUUCCCCAUCGAUCCGGGGGCGGACGCGACGCUCGGCGGCAUGACCGCGACGCGGGCGUCCGGCACCAACGCGGUGCGCUACGGCACGCUCAAGGAGAAUGUGCUGGGGCUCACGGUGGUGCUGCCCGAUGGGCAGAUCAUCAAGACCGGUGGGCGCGCGCGCAAGUCGGCGGCGGGCUACGACCUGACCCGGCUCUUUGUCGGCUCCGAGGGAACGCUCGGUGUGAUGACCGAGAUUACGCUCAAGCUCUACGGUAUCCCCGAGGCGAUCUCGGCGGCGGUAUGCUCCUUCCCCUCGCUCGAGGCCGCGGUCAACACGGUGAUCCUGACCAUCCAGUCGGGCAUCCCGAUCGCCCGGGUGGAGCUGCUCGACGACAUUCAGAUGGACGCCUGCAACAAGUUCUCGAAGCUCGAUUACGCGCCCAAGGACACGCUCUUCUUCGAGUUCCACGGCACAGAGCGCGGCGUCGCCGAACAGGUGGAGCAGGUGCGUGAGAUCGUUCAGGAGUUCGGCGGCUCGGAUUUCCGCUGGUCGACGAAGCCUGAAGAGCGGAACGCGCUCUGGCAGGCGCGGCACGACGUCUAUUACGCCUGCCUCGCGCUCCAGCCGGGCAAGAAGGGCUGGGCGACGGAUGUCUGCGUGCCGAUCUCCCGCCUUGCCGAGUGCCUGAUCGAGACAAAGGAGGAGCUCGAUGCUUCGCCUUUGCUCGCCCCGAUCGUCGGGCCACGUCGGCGACGGCAAUUUCCACGUCUGCUUCCUCAUCGACCCGGACGAUCCGGCCGAGAUGGCCGAGGCCAAGCGCCUCAACGGACGCAUGAUCGACCGCGCACUCGCCAUGGGCGGGACCAGCACGGGCGAGCACGGCAUCGGCUGCGGCAAGCUGGAGUACCUGGAGGCCGAGCACGGCGUCGGGGCCGUCGACCUCAUGCGCACGCUCAAGCGGACGGUCGAUCCCCACAACCUGAUGAAUCCAGGGAAAGUGGUCGUCGUCUGACCGCGGGGCUCUGCUCGCGCCUAUGGCGGGCAAGCAACGCUUCUUUCAAAGAGUAG